AACGACCACGAUGCCUACUGAGUGCCCCACUCCCCGCUAGAUCUCCCUUCCCUCCACUUCCGCAGAUCCACGCCCACCUGGCCGCCGGUCGCCGCCGCCAUGGCUGCGCCGCCCCCCACCACUCCUCGCCUCCUCCUCUCGCCGACCUCCAAGGACCUCCUCACCACCGCCUCCUUUCCCUCGCCGCCGUCCCCCACCUCCGAGGACCCCGCCUCCCCGCUCGACGCCUUCGCCUCCGACCCCGUCCUCUCCGCCUUCCUCUCCCCGUCCUUCUCCCCCUCUGAAUUCUCCUCCGCCGCGCUCUCAUCCGGCCUCGCCGCCUCCCGUGCCGAGCAGCUGCAGGACGCCAUCCGCCUCCUCCUCCGCCACCUCCGCGCCGAGGUGCUCCGCCGGCACCCGCUCCUCCUCUCCCACCUCCUCUCGCUCCGCUCCGCCUCCGCGUCUCUCUCCUCUCUCCCCUCCCACCUCCGCCUCCUCUCCUCCCACCUCUCCCUCCUCUCCUCCCACCUCUCGGCUCCACGCUCCCACCUCGCGCUCUCCUCGGCCUCCCUCUCCAGCCUCCUCGCCACCGCCGACCUCCUCCUCCAUUCCCACCGCCUUGUGCGCCUCUCCUCCCGACUCCUCGCCUCCUCCCCUGCGCCUGAUCUCGCUCGUCAGGCCGAGCUCCACCGCGAGAUCCGCCUUCUCUACGAGGAGAAAAACCUCUCCGGGAUCAAUGCCGUUGACGAGGAGAUGCGCAAGGUCGACGCUGCUGCAUCCAAGCUACGGUCAGAGGCCAGCACUGUGAUCGACCGUGGUGUCGCCGAUUCCAAUCAGAACGACGUGUGGUGCGGGCUGCAGGUGUACUACAAUCUUGGGGAGUUGAAGCCGGCAGUGGAAGGGCUUGUUGGGAAGUACAAGGCAGCAGGUGCGAAGAGUGUGGCUGUGGCACUGGACAUGAAGGCGAUUUCAAUGGCUGCUGGUGGUGGAGGUGGCCCUGGAGGAGUGCAGAGGAGUGGUACACCACAGAUUGGUGGCAGUAAGAAGGCAGCUGAGGCACUUUGGGAUAGGAUGAGGCAGUGCAUGGAGGAGCUGCAUCGGGCUGUCAGCGCUGCUUGGCAGCUGCAGACUGUGCUCACCAAGAAGCGUGUGCCAUUCACACAAAUGCUGUUCCUUGAGGAGGUUUGGCAGGAGGGUGAGCCUCUGUUAACAGAGAGAGUUUGGGAUGCAAUUGUCAAGGCCUUUGCAAGUCAAAUGAAGACUACUUUUACCGCUUCAAGCUUUGUGAAGGAAAUAUUUACUCUUGGGUAUCCAAGACUGUUUUCAAUGGUUGAAAACCUUCUUGAGAGGAUUUCAAGAGAUACUGAUGUAAAGGGUACCCUUCCAGCUCUCACUCAUGAAGGAAAAGAUCAUAUGCUUUCAGCCAUUGAGAUAUUCCAGACAGCCUUUUUGGCUCUCUGUCAUAGUCGCUUAUCUGAUUAUAUCAACAGUAUAUUUCCAAUGUCAAGCCGUGGAACCAUACCUUCAAAGGAUCAGAUAUCAAGAUUAGUUUCUCGCAUACAAGAGGAAAUUGAAGUAGUGAGAACUCACGGGCAUUUGCUUAUGCUUGUUUUACGUGAAAUUGGAAAGAUCCUGCUUCUUUUAGCACAGAGAGCUGAAUAUCAGAUCUCUACUGGGCCCGAAGCCCGACAAGUUACCAGCACAGCGACUCCAGCCCAGCUCAAAAACUUUGCUUUGUGCCUCCACCUUCAGGAGGUUCACACGCGCAUUUCGAGCGUCUUGUCAACACUCCCUAAUGUUGCUUCUGAAGUUCUUUCACCUUCUCUUGGUGUCAUUUACGGUGUUGCUUGUGAUUCAGUGACCUCCCUGUUCCAAGCGAUGCUUGAUCGUCUUGAGUCAUGCAUCCUGAAAAUGCAUGAGCAGGACUUUGCAGGUCAUGGAAUGGAUGCUGCAAUGGAUAACAAUGCAUCCGCUUACAUGGAGGAGCUUCAGAAAUGUGCAAUCCACUUCCGCAGCGAGUUCUUAUCGAAGCUUUUGCCCUCAUCAUCCUCCCGUUCUGAAACCAUAUGCACCAUCAUGGUUAGAAGGAUGGCCUCAAGAGUCCUCAUAUUUUUCAUAAGGCAUGCUUCUCUUGUCAGGCCACUCUCCGAAGCAGGGAAGUUGAGAAUGGCACGGGACAUGGCUGAGCUAGAGCUUGCUGUUGGUCAGAAUCUGUUUCCAGUGGAGCAGCUGGGAGCACCAUACCGGGCACUACGAGCAUUCCGUCCUGUCCUAUUCCUGGAAACAUCUCAGCUUGAGAAGUCUCCACUCCUUCAAGACUUGCCACCUAGCGUGAUCAUCCACCAUCUCUAUUCUCGAGGGCCUGAUGAACUGCAAUCACCUUUACAGCACAACAAGCUCACGCCAGUGCAGUACUCUCUUUGGCUUGAUUCGCAUGGUGAGGACCAGAUCUGGAAGGGGGUGAAGGCAACCCUGGAUGACUACGAGAUGAGGGUCAGGUCUAGAGGUGACAAGGAGUUCAGUCCAGUGUACCCUCUCAUGCUGCAGAUUGGAUCCGCAUUAUCUCAGGCCACGACCUAACAUGUAUUCAGUUUGUUGCGCAUUUGUACCAUCUUGUAUGCAUUGAUUCCUUGAGGAUCGGGUGGGAUUUUGCAUAGUUAUACACAUGAAUAGCAAUUGUAUUUGUUUCUGGAAAUAAUGGUUAGAGUACAGAGUGUCUUGUGGUUCUUGUAGUUUCUGUAUCUUUUACUAUCUUUGGACGCUAAACGAAGUUGGGAAUGUGAAGUAAUGCCAUUGCCAACUUAGGUCU